AUGGUAGCCAUCCGCCAGCUUGAUCGUGGAGCUUCAGCACAAUGUGGGAAAAUUCCAAAAGGGCUCCUUUUUACGCCCUUUUACUAUUUCUCUAAACUACAACUGAUGCAACAAAUGGCGAGCAACGAAGUGUCUUCUUUGAUGCGAGUUCAAUCCAGUGCUCAUACCAGUUUGGGUGAAGACCUCAUUUCGUACUGCCAACAACCAACAUUUCCAUCAACAAAAUCAAUCGGGCGGAAAAAUCCGAAGAGACAUCGAUGUGAUGUUUGUUACAAAACGUUCAGCAGAAGCAACACCUUAAUUACGCAUAAGCGGAUACACACAGGAGAAAAACCAUUCAAGUGCAACCAUUGUGGUCGUGCCUUCCGCCAACCUGGCAAUCUUAGUCGACAUCGGCUGACACAUACUACGUUCAAACCAUAUGUGUGCGUUCAUUGUGAAAAGGCUUUCAAUCGAGCAUCGAACCUCAACACUCACAUGAGGACUCAUGAAGAAAAAUAA